AAAAAAAUCUGAAGCAAACGUAGGCGGGGUUGUUGAAGUCUCUAGAUUAUACAUUCCAGAGUCUUCCUCAUCCUUCUACAAGAAGAAGAAUAUUUCGGGUAAAUAUAAAUAAAGGCAGGGCGUUGAUUUGCCCAUUGUAAAGGUACCUAGCGUAAAUCGUGAGCGUUAGUGACAAUCGUUGUGCGUUGAAAAAGAAGAGCAGACUGAUUGCCUUCUCGCCCGCCUCUCUCAUCUAUUUUCUUUUUCCAUUGAUCUGCGCUGAAAAUGUUCGGUCGCGCGCCAAAGAAGAGUGAUAAUACUCGCUACUAUGAGGUCCUGGGAGUUCCCAAAGAUGCUUCUCCAGAUGAAUUGAAAAAAGCCUACAGGAAGGCUGCAAUUAAAAACCAUCCUGACAAGGGCGGGGAUCCUGAAAAGUUUAAGGAACUUGCACAAGCAUACGAGGUACUAAGUGAUCCCGAGAAGAGAGAAAUUUAUGAUCAAUAUGGGGAGGAUGCACUUAAAGAAGGAAUGGGUGGGGGCGGCGGUCAUGACCCAUUUGAUAUUUUCCAAUCUUUCUUUGGUGGAAGUUUUGGAGGUGGAUCUAGCAGGGGAGGUCGCAGGCAAAAGAGAGGCGAAGAUGUCGUUCACCCUUUGAAAGUGUCAUUGGAGGAUCUUUAUAAUGGUACAUCAAAAAAACUGUCACUCUCACGGAAUGUGCUGUGUCCUAAGUGUAAAGGGAAAGGAUCUAAGUCAGGUGCCCCGAUCAAGUGCUCUGGCUGUCAAGGUAGUGGUAUGAAAGUCACUAUUAGACAACUUGGUCCUUCAAUGAUCCAGCAAAUGCAGCAUGUUUGCUCUGACUGCAAGGGAACAGGUGAGACUAUUAGUGACAAAGAUAGGUGUCCAGAAUGUAAGGGUGAAAAGGUUGUACAGGACAAGAAGGUGCUUGAAGUAGUCGUGGAGAAAGGAAUGCAAAAUGGCCAAAGGAUCACAUUCCCUGGAGAAGCAGAUGAAGCGCCGGACACUAUUACUGGUGACAUCGUCUUCGUACUUCAGCAAAAGGAGCAUCCCAAGUUUAAGAGAAAGGGGGACGACCUUUUUGUUGAACAUUCUUUGACAUUGACAGAGGCUUUGUGUGGCUUCCAAUUUAUUUUGACGCACCUUGAUGGCCGACAGUUGCUUAAUAAAUCAAGUCCGGGCGAGGUUAUUAAACCAGGUCAAUUCAAGGCUAUUAAUGAUGAAGGAAUGCCUGUUUACCAGCGGCCUUUUAUGAAAGGGAAGCUGUAUAUCCAUUUCUCUGUAGAUUUUCCGGAUUCGCUUAACCCUGAACAAUGCAAGAUACUGGAAGCAGUGUUGCCGCCUAGGCCUUCGUCACAUCUGACAGAUAUGGAGCUUGAUGAGUGUGAAGAGACGACCCUUUUUGAUGUAAAUAUUGAAGAAGAAAUGAGGAGAAAACAAAAUCAACAGCAGGAAGCUUAUGAAGAAGAUGAAGAGGCCUCUGGUAGUGGGCCAAGGGUGCAAUGUGCACAGCAGUGAGAUUAAGGGUGUUUGACACUAUGAAUCUGACUAGUUGUUUGAGAUUUUAUGGGCAAGUUAUCCUACAUAUGCAAUGUAAAUUUUGUCUAAUCUUGUUGGAAUUGCGCGCAAAAUGCUCAGUCUAAGAUUAUGGUGAAAAAAAUAUUCUGUGAAGAUUUAUCUGCUACAUGCUUUUUCUGAAUUUACUAAAAAUAGUUUCUGUUGGAGACGAAACUCUAGCCUCACGUUAAGACAAGUGAAUUUCAAGAUUAGAUGUGUUACAUUGCUUAUAAUAGCUAUUUCUUAAUUUCAAUUAAUAUUUGUGCUUUGUAUU